GAGAGGCCAAGAUCGAUCGAUCCCCGUCUCAUUUCAAAGAAGAGGUAAAGGGAAAAGAGCAGGACGGAGGAGAGAGCCAUGAAGAAGAGGAUGCACGGAGCGAAGCCGGCGAUACUGAUGGUGGCGGUGCAGGCAGCCUUCGCAGGGGUGAACGUGAUGUACAAGCUGGCCGCCAACGACGGCAUGAACUUGAGGCUCGUCGUCGCCUACCGCCUCCUCUUCGCCACCGCCUUCAUGGCCCCUCUCGCCCUCUUCUUCGAAAGGAAGAAGAGGCCUAAGUUGACAGGGCUGGUGCUUUUUCAAGCAUUUUGUUGUGGUUUGUUUGGGGGAUCGCUGGGACAGAACUUGUACUUGGAAAGCUUAGCACUCACCUCAGCAACUUAUGCUGCAGCCAUGGCCAACCUCAUACCCGCCAUCACCUAUAUCAUGGCCGUUUCCUGUGGGUUGGAAAGGGUGGUGAUCGGAAGGAUCGAAGGGAAGGCCAAAGUGUUGGGGACGUUGAUGGGUAUCGGUGGAGCGAUGGUCCUCACUUUCUACAAAGGCUUUGAGAUCCGGAUGUGGUCAACCCAUGUCGAUCUCUUACAUCACCAUGGUCACCAACCACAACCGGCCAACCACCAUCCGGCGAAUCGUGGUGGACACGGGGCGCAUGCGCUCGGCUCUAUGUUGGCUGUCGGAAGCUGCGUAUGCUACGCUUUGUGGUUGAUAAUUCAGGCGAAGAUGGUCGAGAGGUACCCAUGUCAUUACUCAGGCACCGCACUGAUUUCCCUCUUCGGGUCGAUUCAAGCAGUGGGAUAUGCUCUAUGCACAGAGAGGGAUUGGUCCGAGUGGAAGUUGGGCUGGAACAUCAGGUUUUUAACAGUGGUUUACACGGGACUUGUUGCUUCAGGAAUGUGCGUGAGCCUGAUAGGUUGGUGUGUGCACAAGAGAGGACCCUUGUUCGCUUCGGUCUUUAGCCCUCUGAUGCUGGUCCUCGUGGCCUUAGCCGGCUCGUUCCUGUUGGACGAGAAGCUUCACCUUGGAAGCUUGCUGGGAGCAGGAGUGAUAGUUUGUGGACUAUAUGUGGUGCUAUGGGGAAAGCGCAGAGAGAUGAGAAGGAUGGAACAACUAGCCAUAGGGCCCUGCAAAAGCACUCCAGAGACCGACUCUCCCAUUCAGAUCGUUAUCACCUCCCAUUCCAUUAACAGCAGCAAUGAUCCCCAAAGUAACACUCGUCAUGUCGCAGCUGAUGCUGACGACAUUGACAUUGCAAAUCACGAAUCAUCCAUGGUGAAAGACGAUGUUGCCGAGGAGCUGCCCGAUGAUUGAGGAGGAUGAAGGGGACUAAAAGCAAAGGUUCAUCAAUAGGAAAACAUAGUACUCAUUGUCCAAUGUUCCAUCCUACACAUUGUACAUCUUCUUAACUAUUACGAUUGUGUAGGAAAUUCUUUGUUUUCGGACUCGACCCGUUACUAGAUGGGAGAUUGCUAGUAGUAGUGUAGCUUGAGUUUGGACUAUUCAGGAUGGAGAAAUGUAUCAUUCACCUUGCAAGGUGAUG